UGCAGUAUGCUAGUAUCCGCUAGAAAGAAACUCCAAACGCUGUCGUUUGGCACUCACAAACUGACUAUAUAACCCCCAUCCAUCACAUAUCGAUCAUCGUCCCCACUUAGUCAACUUGUUUCAACUUGUUACAAGAACAAAUGGGUUUGUUCAUAAUCAGAAAUGAAAACUAUGUACUCAAUCUGCUGUGUUUUGUGUUGAUUAUAUCUGGUGGGCCCGUCCAUGCCCGUCAAUUACUGUCUCAGACCAGACCAGACCCUGAUAAUGUCGCUCCCUUUGCUCGAUGGUUAGUUUCCCAGAAUUCAUGGGGAGUUUUGAGUACCAUUGCAGAUGACUUAGGUGGUGCUCCUUUCGGGAAUGUGGUUUCGUUUAGUGAUGGCCUACCCGACAAAGGCACCGGGGUUACGUAUUUUUACUUGACAACUUUGGAUCCAACUGCACGUUAUGCAUUGAAAGAUCAUAGAUCUUCGUUUACAAUAAGCGAAUACCCGCUUGGAACUUGUGGCAAGGCUGAUCCCGAAAACCCUACCUGUUCUAAAAUCACACUCACCGGGAAGUUGAAUGAAGUAGAUGCAAAAUCCAAGGAGGCUACAACAGCUAAAAGUUAUUUGUUUGCUAAACAUACUGAGAUGAAAGACUGGCCAAAGGAUCAUAACUUCCAGGUGUUCAAACUGGAUAUCGAAGAAAUAUUCUUGAUCAAUUACUUUGGCGGUCCUAAACCUCUUACGGUUGAUCAAUACUUCCAUGCUGGAAAGGAUGAACUAACAGCAAUUUAUUGAAAAACGAGGGCGGUCCCAUGUUUAUGUGAACUCUUCUCGAACGAAUUUUGAGUGUUCGAUUCAUGAAUUUGUAAAUUGUGUGAAGUAUUCUGUAAUAUUAUUAUUAUUCAAACAUUGAAUAUUUGUUUGCUAAAGCUCAUUGGUCAUGGAAAUAAUGGUCACACAGAAUAAUGGAAAUGUAAACUUGUGUCAAA